AUGCCUGCUCAACGGCCCCGUGCGGCCUUCGAGCCACUAUCCCCGACUUUAGACGUUGCGGAUUUGGUCAAAUCAUCACCCAACUUUGAGGACGCGGUGCGAAUUCAUUGUGACGCUAUUGAUGAAAAUGGACUUGAGAAUUUCGAAAAGCUUGUUCUUCUUCACGUCAUUGUCCGUGGGCUGCCUCUUGUUGUAGAGGGUUUCGACAAGAAGCUUGACAACGCCAUUUUUUCCGAGAAAUGGCUGAAAACCCACUACUCCGCGAAGAAAGAAGAUGCGAGGGACCUUACGACUAAGAAAAGCGUACCUCUCACGAUCGGCCACUACUUGAAGAAUAUGCCCAUGCUUACAGAUCAAUGGAAUGAAUAUAACUACAAAGACACUGGUCUUCAAAGGUUAUACCUCAAAGACAUUGAUUGCCCAAAGAUUUGGCACGAUUACUUGAAAAAGAUUAUACCGCCCUUUUUAUUCUACCUGAACAACUCAGCGGAGCCCGAAUCCUUUGAAGGCCCAGGGGCCAACCCCAUUCCCUCUAAGAAACGCCAUAGCAAGGUUGCCAAGGCUGGCGAUUUGAUGAGUUGCCUCCCAAAGGAUAUGCGUGCCGAAAAUCUGAUGUGUUACAUUGGCCAUGAAGGAACUUUUACGCCAGCGCAUCAAGAAAUGUGUGCAAGUCUUGGUCAAAACUUAAUGGUUGACGCGUCGGAUGGCUCGAUUGAAAACGGGAGGCCCACGAAACCGGGCUCUUCAAUCUGGUUUAUGACCAGUAGUAAGGACCGGAAUUCUGUGGCGGAGUACUGGAUGUCUGUGUUGGGCCAUGACAUAAACAUCGAAGAUCACUUUGCACAGAUAAACGCAUGGCGAGGGGCGCCAUUUACAACAUAUAUUGUUGAACAGCGGCCAGGCGAUUUCAUCCUCGUACCGCCGUUGGCGGCGCACCAGGUCUGGAAUCGUGGGACGCGGACAAUGAAAGUUGCGUGGAACAGAACAACAGUAGAAACACUCGAGAGGGCGGUGAACGAAGCACUGCCGCAUGCCAGGCUGGUGUGUCGUGACGAGCAAUAUAAGAACAAAGCCAUAGUGUUCUACUCGCUCAAACAAUAUUCUUCACUUCUGGAUAGUGCCGAUGCCAAUGUCAGCCAUGCGAGAAUUCAACAGCUGCAGACUGAAUUUGAACAAUUAUUCUCCCUUUACACUCAAAUACUGCUCUCGGAAUCGUUUUCACCAGCCGCCUCCAGAGAAAAAAACGUUGAAUAUAUUCCCUUUGAUAGCAACGUCACUUGCGCCUACUGCAGAGGGAGCAUCUUCAAUCGAUUUCUGACGUGUCCGUCCUGUGCUAUAACAUCAACCGGCGAUGAACUCCCUUAUGACAUCUGCAUGGAAUGCUAUGUGAUGGGCCGAAGUUGCGCGUGCAUCUCGAAGCUUAAAUGGGUUGAGCAGUUCAAAUGGGAAGAGCUCAUGGGAAAGCACGAAACAUGGAGGCAGCAGCUGCUUAGAUUUGAUCCCGAUCUUGGGAAGAAACAUCGACCCUUCCGGGUAGAGAGAGAUGAAAUGGGCAAGAGAAGCCUGGCCCAUAUCUGCCAGGAAGAACUGAAGCGACGCCCGUGGGUUGAUAUCACGAAGCCCAAGCCGGUUGUCGAAGAGGUCGUGGAAGAACCCAGCGAGCCAGAAGAUGAGAACCGCCCCGCAAAACGAAGGAAGAAAUCAAAGUCAAAGGCACCACGAUGCCACAUUUGCAAAUAUGUUGAGCCAGAGUGGAAACUUGCUUUUUGUUCGAAUCCCAAAUGCUCCUUGAGAUACUGCUAUGGCAGUCUAUACAGGGCGUUCAAUAUAUCACCGCAGGAAGUCUUGGAAACCAUCAAGUGGGAGUGCCCUAAAUGUCGCAAAUUCUGCAGUUGUGGCGCUUGUCGGAAAAAUCCAAGAAUGACCCCAUUCGAACCUACAUGCAUCUCGCUUGGGCACGACACGAGCAAAGUUGCGGAUAUUCGCAGCGUGGAGAGUCUAGUGGACUUCAGGCACUCAAACCUCAGCUGGUUGAAGAAGGCGGGCAGUGACGAGAUAGGCCGCCUCAGAAAGCACCAAGAGGAGGCAGACGCUAAGCGCAACCAAGCACUGGAGGACAAUUCGAUACAGGUGGAACCGUACCAAGAUGUGUCACAAAACCCCGGCUAUAGUCAACUAGAGCUGGCCAAGGUCGCACAAGCCGCAUACUACGCGGACUACACGGAUAUUCCUGUCGAUCCGGCACUUGAAACCUCACUUCUCGCGCCUAAUGACUCUCGGGGUUAG